AUGUCCUCAAACGGAGACGUGAAAGAUGUUCUGUCCGAUAAUGCAGAAAUUGAGAAAAACAAUAACACUGAAAAACCUUCCAGAUCCGAUACUCCAGAGAAUCCAGCACAGACACAGGAUAUGGAGGUGGAUUCGAAGGUGAAUGGAGAGAGUAAAGACAGCAGUGGUUUGGAAGAAGAAAUUAAGCUAGAAGCUGAAACCAUAGGUGGAAAUGAAGAAUCUAAUGGCCAACAUGAUGGUCCUUCUGUGAAAAGGCAAAAAGUUGAAGAUAAUCAGUUAAAGAGUGAAAAUUCAAUUAUACAUAAGAAACACAAUAUCAUCGUUGUUCCUCCUACCAAACCCCAGUUAUUCUAUUCUCCAUUGAAGACUGGAUUGGUUUAUGAUGUUCGUAUGAGAUAUCACGCCAAAAUUUUCACUUCCUACUUUGAAUACAUUGAUCCUCAUCCAGAAGAUCCUCGCCGAAUUUAUCGUAUAUACAAGAGACUAGCCGAAGCCGGUCUCAUCCAAGAUACUUCAUUAUCAGGAGCGGAAGAUAUUGGUCCUUUAAUGGUUAAAAUACCAAUUAGAGAAGCAACUUCCGAAGAAAUUUUAGAAGUUCACUCAGAAGAUCAUUUAAAUUAUAUAGAAUCAACUGAAUCAAUGUCCCGUGAACAGUUACUAGAAGAAACUGAAAAAGGUGACUCGAUCUAUGUUAAUAACGAUUCUUUACUCCUGGCAAAAUUAUCUUGUGGAGGUACUAUUGAAGCUUGUAAAGCUGUUAUUGAAGGUAAAGUUAAGAAUUCAAUGGCUAUUGUUAGACCUCCGGGUCAUCAUGCUGAACCAGAUACUCCCGGUGGGUUUUGUUUAUUCAGUAAUGUUGCAGUUGCUGCUAAAAAUUGUCUUAAAUCUUAUCCAGAAUCAGUUAGAAAAAUUGUUAUAGUUGAUUGGGACAUUCACCAUGGUAAUGGUACUCAAAAAUCUUUCUAUAAUGAUCCAAGAGUACUUUAUAUCUCUUUACAUCGUUAUGAGAAUGGUAAAUUUUAUCCUGGAACAAAAUAUGGCUGUCAUACUAAUUCUGGUGAAGGUCCUGGUGAAGGGUUUUCUGUGAAUAUACCGUGGAGAAAUUCUGGUAUGACUGAUAGUGAUUACAUAUAUGCUUUCCGUAAAGUUGUCAUUCCCAUCAUUUGUGAAUUUGAUCCUGAUUUAAUCAUUGUUAGUUCUGGGUUUGAUGCUGCUGAUGGUGAUAUCAUUGGUGGUUGUCAUGUCACUCCUGCUGGAUAUGGACAUAUGACUCACAUGUUAAAAGCUAUUGCUAAGGGUAAAUUAUCAGUAAUCUUAGAAGGUGGUUAUAAUUUAGACUCAAUUAGUAAAAGUGCAUUAGGUGUUGCUAAAGUAUUAGUUGGCGAACCUCCAGAAAAAACAAUCUCUUCCCAACCUCAAUUAGAAACUUUGGAAGUAAUUGAUGAAGUGAUCAAAUUUCAAGCUAAAUAUUGGAAAUCUAUGAAACCAGGUAAUCCUUCAAAUACUUUUGAUGAUGCUUAUGACUUACCUACAAACUCAAAUACACCCGCUUUCAAGUUAUCAAACAUAGCAGACCCAAUUAGAGGCAAUCAAGUAAAUGAAUUGUUCAAUAAAUACUCUUUCAUAAGCUUACCUAUUUUGGAUUCCUCAGAUGAUAAACACGCUACUUUUAGCAUUGAUUUACCUCCUCAUCUUGAUGAGUUGGUCGUUGCCAGUCCAGAUAUUUACGAUUGCAACACCAUCAUACUAUCAAUUCACGACCCACCAGAAGUUUGGGCUAACGUUAACCCAAUAAAUGGUAAUAUUGAAGGUAGUUCAUCAGUUGUACUUGAACAUCCAUUUACCCAAGUCAUUGAAAAAAUAAAUCAAGAAACUGCAAAUUCCUCCGAUCCACCUAGUGGUAAAAUUGGAUACAUCGAUAUCAACAUACCCUCCUUUGCAUUAGCCUUCCCAUCGUUUAAUUCUAAUCAAGAUUCGAAUGGUAAGCAAGGUUCUUCUGGAAAUGAUUCCUCAUCUAAUUCUAAUUAUAAUCCUAUAAUUUUUUCUCAAGAACUUUUAUUAUACAUUUGGGACAACUAUAUCUCAUAUUUUUCUCAAUUGAAUAAAUUGGUAUUCAUUGGAUAUGGUGAUUCUUAUCAAUCGAUUGUUCAUUUAUAUGCAAAGAGACCAUCACAAGAAAUUAAAGACUUGGUUAAAGGUACUGUUGCCUUCGUUAACAGAUCUACUUUGAAAGCAUUGGUUCCUGUAAUGGAUGAAUCGAUGGUUGAUUGGUAUUACAGAAAUUCUGUUGUAUUUACGAGUUGUUUAAAUCCAUGUUGGGCAGGAAAUGCAUCUGGUAGUUCAAGAUAUGCUAAUGGUCUGAGCGAAUCAAAUGAUGAUGCUGCAAAGAAACCAAGAAGGAAAUUUGGUAGGGUGUUAAAGGCUUCUGUCGAUGGUUUGUGGGAUGUGGUGAGUGAACGCUUUGAUGAGGGUGUUGAUUUUAUUCUAGAUUCAAUUGAAGAUUUCAGCAGUAGUGAUGCAAGUAAUUAA